AUGGACUCAACCAAGAUACUCCUUUGCGGGGAUAGGUCCUUUGGGCCGGGUGUUCAGGAUGGUUGUCGGGGGGGCUUCGACUUCACAGUUCACUUCGAAGAACUGAUCUUGGCAAUCUUGCCUGCUGCCGUCUUCCUGCUCCUUGCCCCUUUCCGCACCUUUGCGCUGUUUCGACGACGGAUCAUAGCCCGGAAGGAUACCUUAUAUGCUGCUAAACUGGUAACUAUAGCAGCUUAUGUUAGUCUUCAACUUGCGCUUUUGGUACAAUGGGCGAAGCCAGAGCUUAGGAGCUCCGUUUCCAUUGCUUCUACGACAUUAUCGCUGACUUCUGGGCUAUCGCUUGCGCUGCUAUCUCACUUGGAACAUUCCAAGUCUAUCAGACCGUCUUUCAUCAUAACCUUCUAUCUCCUCUUCACAACCUUUCUAGACAUUGCUCGGGUGAGGACGCAAUGGCUUCUACAGGACGCCGAUGGCAUAGCUGCGACUCUAACGGCUUCGCUUACGGUCAAAAUCGCACUACUCUCCCUGGAAGCGAUCGAGAAACGGCGGCUUUUGAAAGACGGGUAUCACGAAUACCCUCCUGAAAGUACAAGCGGGCCAUUUAGUCGCGGAUUAUUUAUAUGGCUCAACUCGCUUCUUCUGUCUGGGUUUAGAAAGGUGCUCUCUCUCACUGAUCUGCCAUCCAUUAGCGAGAAGCUAGACUCGCAGGUGUUGGCAGAGGAUCUAACAAGACAAUGGGAGAAGUGCAAUCAGAAGAGAACACAUGCGCUAGCCUUAGCUACGGUUCUAACCUUUCGAUGGGACGUUCUAUUGAUCGUCUUCCCCAAACUCGCUUACGUCGCACUCAGUCUAUCGCAGCCAUUCCUAAUCCGAGAGGCUGUGAGUUUCGUACAAAAUACACAAUCUGAGAACAACAAUGACAUUGGCUACGGUCUGAUAGGUGCCUUCGCCUUGGUAUAUAUAGGCCUUGCAGUCACGAUGGGAUGGGCAUCCCAUCUUACCUAUCGACUAAUGACGAUGAUGCGCGGCGGCCUCAUCUCCAUUAUAUAUCGAAAGAUGCUGAGAACCCAGGUGACGAAUUUGAAUGAUUCAGCAGCUGUCACCUUGAUGGGAACAGAUGUACAGAGAAUUGCCGAAACGUUUCACUAUCUUCUUGUUGAGACGGUACCUGCGUUUCUUCAGCUCGCCAUCGCUACUUAUCUACUUUAUCUUCAGCUUGGCGCUGUAUUCGUUGUCCUUCUCAUAUUGUCCAUCGCUGGAACACUGUUAUCCGGACAAAUCGCCAACAAAGUCUCCAAGACCCAGAAGACAUGGCUUGAGUAUAUCCAGACACGUAUCAAUUUCACAUCGGAAAUCCUUGGUUCCAUGAAGAAUGUCAAAAUGCUGGGCCUAACAAGACACAUGUUCGAUACGAUCCAAAACCUUCGAGACGAUGAGAUUGCAAAAUCGAAAAAGUACCGACAGGUUCAAGCUUAUUACAUAUCUAUUGUCAAUGCUCCCGAAAUUCUUGCCAAGGUUCUCCUUUUCGGAGCCUACGCAAUCGUCGCACAUAUCAAUGGCACCGAUUCGCUAUCUGUUUCGCAAGCUAUCUCUUCACUUGCGCUUAUAUCACUCGUGUCUAUGCCCCUGUCCAGCAUUUUGACCGCAAUUCCACAGGGAUGGGGCGCGUUGGGUUGCUUUCAACGAAUUCAAGCCUUUCUCAACGACACAGCGGACAGAAAGCACCAGUCGCUUUUGAAUACAGACUAUGCAAUCUCUAGCGAUCAUGGUCCUAGCUCAGCUGGUAUCGAAUUAGGCUCGGCCCCGCAGCGGAUAGGGUCAGUCAACGUAUCACUCGAGAACGCAAGCUUUGGAUGGUCCCAGUCGUCACCGCAUCUUGUCUCCGAGUCCACGGUGCGAAUCGAGUCUUCCAAAACCCACCUCACCGUUCUCACUGGCCCCGUGGGUUGUGGCAAGUCUACCUUCCUCAAAGGAAUCCUGAAGGAAACACCAUACCACAGUGGGCACAUAGCUAAUCUGCGCUCACGUGUCGCUUUCUGCGACCAAACACCGUGGCUGAUAAGUGGGAGCAUCAGAGCCAACAUAAUUGGCGAGUCGGAAUAUGAUGAGCGCUGGUAUCUAUCUGUCGUAAAUGCUUGUUCACUCAACAUUGACAUCAGCAGGCUAUCUCACGGGGACUUGACUGUUGUUGGAAGUAAAGGGGUCAAGCUUAGCGGAGGUCAGAAGCAACGCAUAUCCAUCGCAAGAGCAGUCUAUUCUCGAAAACCAAUCGCCAUCCUCGACGAUGUCUUUAGUGGCUUGGACGCAGCGACAGAAGAGGCUGUGUUUAGGGGAGUAUUUGGGAAGAACGGCCUGUUCAGGAAAAUCGGCACUACAGCGAUACUGGCAACUCACUCUAUCAAACUAUUGCCUGAAGCAGACUUGAUUCUUGCUAUGAACGAAAGCGGAAAGAUUGUUGAACAGGGAACAUUCUCUGAGCUGAACGUCCCAGGAUGCUAUGUCCAUAGUCUCAAGAUCAAUAAUCUGCAAUCUUCAACAAAAGUAGACCACGAGCCCUCGCCAGCAAAUCAAGAUAUCACGGGCUCUCAAAACGCGCCGGUUGCAACGCAGGAGCAAGACGGAAGCCGCCGGACGGGAGACUGGGCAACAUACAAGUAUUACACAGCUGCGCUGGGUCGAUGGAAACUUCUCAUUUUUCUUGCCUUCGUUACCGUCAAUGAAGCAGCGUAUGGUGUACAGACCGUCUGGUUGAAUUGGUGGGCACAAAGCAAUGAGCAAGGGGGUCCUCCUCGUCUCGGAUAUUGGCUCGGUAUCUUCGCCGCUUUCAGCGUUGCUGAGAUAGUCGGAUUGGUUUCCUCGAUCGCGUACCUGUAUGUCGACAUAACGCCCAAUGGAGGAAAGCACCUUCACAGUUCCAUUUUAAAGGCAGCUCUAAACGCGCCUAUGUCUUUCCUUGCACAGACGGAAACAGGAGUAUUGGUAAACAGGUUCAGUCAAGACCUUCGGCUUGCAGAUAUGACCUUGCCUGGGGCCAUUACCAAUGUUGCCUUUCAAACCGGACAGUGCAUAGUUGCGACGGUGCUAGCGGCAACGGCAGUGGGAUACUCUGCUGCUGUUUUGCCAUUCGUCAUUUUCGUCUUGUAUCUCAUACAACGGUUCUAUCUCCGCACAUCGAGACAGUUGCGUUUGCUAGAACUUGAGACAAGCGCUCCUUUAUUCUCCCAUUUCAUCGAGUCCUUGAGCGGUAUAGUGACCAUUCGCGCAUUCGGAUGGACUGGAGCGUACACAGACAAAACAAACAAACUGCUCGACCAGUCACAGAAACCCUUCUACCUAUUGCUGUGCAUACAGCGAUGGCUAGUCUUAGUCCUUGACCUUGUCGUCGCAGGACUUGCAGUCCUCUUGGUCGGCUUGGCCGUCGCUCUGCGCUCUAAGGUCAACCCCGGCUUCUUGGGCAUCGCCCUUGUUCAACUCACAAGUCUUUCCCAUGCGCUUACAUCCUUGGUGCAAUUCUGGACUCUGCUGGAAACUUCCCUUGGCGCUAUUGCGCGGAUUAAAGAUUUCUCAGAACACACACCCUGUGAAUCAACUGCGGAGGAAUCUAGCCAACCUCCGUUGGAUUGGCCACAACACGGCGCUCUAAAAUUUGAUUCUGUAUCAGCUAGCUAUGAAGAUAACAGCCCUCGAAUUCUUAAGAAUGUUAGCUUCUCCAUUAGAGGUGGCCAGAGGGUUGGGAUUAUUGGGAGAACCGGGAGUGGGAAGAGUUCAACGGUACAAGCUAUCCUUCGCAUGAUCGAGAUCAAAGGCGGAAGAAUUCUCAUCGACAAUGUCGACUUGGCCACCCUCGCAGGCUCUGUAGUCCGUGAGCACAUCAUCACGCUUACGCAAGACCCCUUCCUAUUUCCAGCAUCCAUUCGAUCCAACAUCGACCCUCUAGGGGCCUCCAGCGAUGAGGGCAUCUCAGUCGCGCUGGAAAAAGUAAAACUCUGGGACAUACUGCGCAAUAAAGCUGGGGGCAACAACCCAGAUACGAAGGAGGUCCUCGAUACCUGCAUUGACGCGGAUUCUCUAUCCCAUGGUCAACGCCAGCUGUUCUGCCUUGCGCGAGCUAUCCUUAAGCCUGGAAAGGUGUUGAUUCUCGAUGAGCCUACCAGCAGUGUGGAUGCCAAGACAGACGCCCAAAUGCAAGAUGUUAUCCGCAACGAGUUUAAAGAACACACGAUCAUCAUGAUUGCUCAUCGGCUGUCGAGCCUAUUGGACUUUGAUCAUAUUCUAGUGUUAGACCAGGGGUCGCUUGUUGAGACUGGACAUCCGACUGAGCUGCUUAAUAACCCGUCCAGCCGCUUCGCUAAGAUGUACUAUGGAUCUACUGGGCAGGAAGGAUUCUGA